AUGGAGGGGCGGUAUAGGGUGCAACAGAACGACCUUCUGCUCCACGAGGCUGUCAUCAAGAACGAGCCGGCAGCAGUGAAGGAAGCGCUGCUUAGGCCUACCGACGUCAAUUGCAGGAAUAACUAUGGACGGGCUCCAAUCCACUGGGCAGCAAGUAGAGGCAACGUGGAAAUAAUCAAGUUGCUGAUUGAAGCCAAGUGCGACAUCGAAGCUGUGGAUAAGAAGCAGAAUGACCUCCUGCAAUGCGCCUGCGCCAAAGGUUCAGUGGACGUCGCCGCGUAUGCGAUAUCCCUCGGCGCUAAGGUGCAGGGUUGUGACGCGGCAGGCGACGCACCCCUAGCCCUGGCGGCGAGAUCAGGGCACACGUCGGUUGUGGAACUACUGCUCGAGAACGGGGCAGAAAUCGACGCUAUUAAUAAGACCGGGCGUACAGCACUCCACGUCGCGUGCGAGGGCGGCCACUCAGACACCGCUGUUCUCCUGGUAUCCAAGGGGGCGGCGCGUGAAGCGAGCGACAACUCUGGCCGCACCCCGCUCCACAUCGCCGCCGUUCACAGGCACACCGAACUCGUGCGAACUCUACUCGAGACAAGCUGUCACGUGGACGCCACCGACAACAAUGGCGUAACGGCAUUGCAAAUGGCAUGCGCUCAGGGCUGCAGGGGUAUCGUAGAGCACUUACUCGCAUUUGGCGCGGACGUCCAUUUGCAAAACAACGUGGGCUCAUCAGCGUUACACGCUGCUUGUGCCGCUGACGCGGCAGAUAUAGUGGAACUUCUCCUAGUGCAUGGAGCCGACCCUGCAGUCACCGAUAAGUGGUCACAGUCUCCCAUGAGUGUGGCUGGCGGGGCCGCUGAGACGCCUCCAGAGGGUUUCCGGCGGGCGGCGAGAGGCUCCUUCUCCGCUAUCCUGGAUUUGCUGACUGCCACCGCCAACGUGGACAUCCAUCAGCAGCAUAACUCUGACGGAUCCACGUCCCCUCGAGCUGAAGAGAAAUCUGGCGGACGCUCACCUGCUCCAAACGAGGAUGUUGCAAGCGAUGAGAGGCUGCGCUCGCUACAGGGAGCUGUGCUACAGGGCGGCACAAGCCCACCUGCCGGACGAAGCGCCCGCGAGGCCGUGCGAAUGCGUCAACUGCACGUCGCGCCGAAACUCUUGCAACGAGCCAUGAGACAAGCCCCGGGCACGGCCCACCUCAUCCCCAUGUACGCGGAGCUCCAAACCGUUUACAGAAAGCGCAACGUCACAAUAAUAUGUUUGUGUAAUUUGCAUCCUAAACCCUGC